UCGCCCAGGAAUCCUGAGCAGAAGAUCAUCAAGCGCGUCAUCGGCUUGGAGGGAGACUUCAUCAGGACUCUGAGCUACAAGAAGCGACACGUGCGCAUUCCUGACGGUCACUUGUGGAUCGAGGGCGACCACCAUGGGCACAGUCUGGACAGCAACACCUUUGGCCCGGUGUCGCUGGCGCUGCUGCACGGCCGCGCGUCUCACAUCAUUUGGCCUCCGGGCCGCUGGCAGCGCAUCCGAGCCCGUCUCCCGCCAAACCGAGCGCCACUCGUCACCCACGAGCACCACCACGACGAUGACCAGUGAACGCAUCAUGAAUGAGGCGCCUCCUUUGAGCGCCUCCUGCUGGCAGGAGGCUCUGUUCACGCUGACAGUCAAGUCGUCACAUUUGCUUCCGACCGGACCACAUUCACGUCAACUCGUUUGCUUCUUUGAUGGAGAAGCUGUUGUUCCAUCGCCAUCGUGACUUGUUUCUUUUUAUCGGGACGGUUAGAAAAUUGAUCACGUUUGAUCAGCAGCACAUUGACUUUUUCUACGCCAUCACCUCACUUUUCCUGACAAUAAAUAAAGUUGACAUGACGACCACUCAUGAAACUAAA